AUGAAUUCAAAAAUUAAAGGAAUAACGGAUGAUAUAACAUCAAUUCCACCAGAAGAACAAAGAUAUUACGCAUUAAAUGCAUUUCCUAAAGUUUUGAAGAUUGGAAGAUUUAAUUUAAAUGAGGAAUUCAUAAAAGGUUUCCUUAAUGACAUAGAGAAGAAGGCAGAUAAUGAAUAUGUCAACAGUGAAUUAAUGAAGAAGGCAAAUUUGGUUUAUGUUGAUGAAAAAGAUAAUGAAAUUAAAGAAAGGGUUGAAUGGUAUCAUGAAUGGACAUCAAAGAUUUUAAAAACUAAAGCUGAUACAGGAUGGGUUUCAGGAUGUUUAGACCUUAAAGCAGAUAAAACUUAUGUUAAUGGUGAGUUAGAGAAGAAGGCAGAUAAUGAAUAUGUCAACGAAAUAUACCAAAGUUUGAUAGGAACAACUAAAAAUAUUGAAACUAUUGUUGGUGACUUUUCUGUCAAUGAAGAAAAUAAAUAUUUUAGAUGGCAAUUGGUACAGUCCUUAAAAAUGGUGCACGGUGUAAACUCAUUCCGAAAAAUAACAAUGAAAUGUAUGUAA